AUGCUUCUGCUGAACGGCGCUCGCCUCUCGAAGGGGCACGUGCACCUUGCAGCCGCCUUGUUCCUGGUCGCUUGUCUCGGUUUGUACCUACAGGUACCGAGUGGUCAACGUGCGAUCGCCCUUCGACCCUGGGAUUCGGCCACGAAGACGACUCCAGACAAGCUGGGUAUACCAAGCGCAUCUCCAGCCCCCGCCGAGGACAGGAAGCAACGGAGCAGUCCCAAAUGCGACGAUCAUCUUCACGCGGGUUACCUUCGAGCGUUCGUCGAUCGAGCCACCGAAUAUUGUGGUUCGGGUUCUAGCGCCAACAUGACAUGCCUGAGUCACACCGUAUAUGAGAAGACUGACGUUCUCUGCUUCGCUGGACCCGCUCGCAUCGACGUGCCGCAGAAGUCCAUCCGUCUAGGGUGCGAGCUUCGGGAGUGGAAGGAAGAAGAUGCCGCCGGUGGCAUACCUGUGUUUGACCAGUUCCCCGUGUACUGGUACAACACAGGACCUGGUGUCAUCUUCCGAGAUCACAUCGAACUCGAGGACAUUCGAAAGCAAGGGUCUGAAGGAUGGAACAAUCAGGUGGAAGAUCAUACUAUCCUCGUCCAGCGAGAAGGUCAUGCCAACACGUGGCAUUCUUUGAUGGAAAUCAUGUCUUUAACUAUGUCACUGGACAUCUUGCGUGAGACUAUGAAUCCACAGACUGGACUCCCAAGCUUCACCGAUGAAGAUGCACGGACAACACAGCUGUUGAUACUCGACGAUCAUCCGGACGGGCCGUAUUUUGACCUAUGGUCGUUAUAUGCUCACAAGCCACCGGUCAGAUUCUCAACAUUGCCUCCAACAGCAUCUUGGUACAGCAACAUCAUUAUUCCUCUCGCCGGGAGUAGUAAUCCUUUCUGGCAGGCCGAAUGGGUCAGCUACAACUGCGGCGAGUCUGUCCUCCUGCAGACCUUUUCUCAGCGCUUGUUGUACUUCUACCAGAUUGCGAACAGCGCGCCCAGAUCGACAAGGCAGCUUGUGUUGACAUUCGUCGAUCGCAAAAAGAGCCGCCGAUUGCUCCAGAAAGUCGAGUAUCUCGAGGCGUUGGAGGCCAGAUUUCCGCACAUGACCAUCCGUCUUGUGGACUUCGCCGAGCUAGACCUCGCUGAUCAGAUCCAGAUCGCGCACUCUACGGACAUCCUAGUCGGCGUACAUGGAGCUGGUUUAACGCAUGGGAUGUUCCUACCCCAUAGAUCGGCGAUCGUAGAGAUACAACCACCAGGGCUGGUCAACGUCGGCUUUGACCUGAUGGCCAAAUCGCUCGGGCACCGGUACUACUGUCGUCACGGGAGUGAGCACGACUCAUCCGACAACACUGGCGACUGGCACCAGGAUGACGUUUUCUUGGACAAGCACACCUUUUUGGACGUGGUUUCAGCCGCGAUCAAUGACCCUAGGUCGUACUUCGAGACCUAG